UUGCAAGACUUCAAGGAACGUUUCGAAAGGGGUGAAGGCGAUGUGGAUGUGCAAAAGACGGCCGUCGACAUUUCCGGUGAUGUGGACCUCGGCGGAAUCAAGGCAGCAUUCGAACAUUACUUCCAGGGAGAGGAAGAGAUGUCGCCAGAAGAACGUGCCGCUUUGAAGAAAAAGGAGAUCGAAGCCGAGUUCCUCAGGUACAAAAUGGCAAGGCGAGCAGCUGCCGAGCGAGCCAAGCAACAGGCUGAAGAGGGAGGAGAAGAAGGCGCUGCAGACGUUGGCUCCAUCAAAGAUCGCUUCGAUAAAGGAGAAGCAUUCAAGAGCGCAGAAGUGGACGGAAAGAAUGUCGAUGUUGAAAUCAAAAUGGCUGGUAAAGCCAGGGAGAAGUUCAUGCAGAUCGACGCUUCCGGUGCUGCUCCGGUGAUGCCCAAUCAAGGCAGAAAGGCAGAACCCAGCAAAUGGGACAAGAAAGAGGACCGACCUGCCGCCGAAAUCAUCAACAGGAGAGCCGUUGACGAUUUUGAUGAUGAUGAGGGUGAAGAUGCCUUCGAUGUCAAGAAUCUCAUGAACAAAUUCAAGCAUAUUGCUGAAGCCGAGACCACGACGGCUCUCAACCCAGAGCAACGAGCCGAGCUGGAAGCUCUGAAAACCGAGGCAAAGAGUUUGAAGCAGCGAUUUGAGGAAGGCAUCGAUGAUGAUGCGGACUUGGCCGAGGAGAAACGACGGCAGAUGCAGGAAGAAUUCGAGCGGCUAAAGAAGGAACGAGAAGAGGCCCAACGGCGACUCGAGGAAGAGCGAGCCAUGGAAGAGCCCAAGGAAGUUGAGAAGGAUGACAUCAAUAUCAAGGCCGAACAUGCCGCAAAAAUGGCUGCAAAAUGGGAGAAGAUCCAAGCCAAAGAGGCAAAGAAAGCCGAAAAGAGUCGUAUGCCCGAGAAAAAGGUGGCGGAAAUUUCAAGCGAUCUUUUCAAUCUGUUUUAUAGCAAUCAUAAGGAGUGGUACCGUCCAAGUAGUUCGUAA